AUGAGUUCUGAGAUCAAUAUAAGACAACUGUUAUAUUUUAAAUCUUAAGAUUCUAGUAUAAAUAAUAUUUAUAUAGACACACCUUAUUCAACAUAAAGAGUUGUAAAAACUACUUAACAUAAAUUGAAUAGAUUUAGAUCUACAGGUUUGAGUGAUUUUAGACUCACAACCAUCCAUAGUCAAACACCAAUUGCAAAUAAUUUUAGAUAUGGUUUUAAUGUGGAUGAUCAAUAGAAUCAGAACUCACAAAUUCAUUUCUUAGAGAGUUAUAAUCAUCCUUCAAAACAUGUCAAUGUAAUAAUAUUUUAAUCUAGAGUUAUAUUGCUGAAAGUCGAAAAAAUAUUGCUUAAUUGAAAGAUCAAGCGAACUAAAUUAGAUUAGAAAUGUCUUUAAUCAAUACUAGAUAUGAAUAGGAAUUGAAAAAUAUAGAAAUGAAUUUUAGAGAUAAUCUAAAAAAGAAAUAGCGUCAAAUCAAAGAAGAUAAUGUUCUCUUUAUAGAAGAACAAUAUAGAUUGUCUAAAGAAUAUUUAUUAUUGUUGAAAGCAAAAAUGAAUAUGGAAAAUAAGUAACAAUUAUUAACAAAUCGGGUUGUUUAGUUGGAGAAAACUUUACAAGGAGUAACAUUAGAAUUAUAAUCAUGA